AUGCCCAGAGUGAAAGGUAAACCGAAACAAAAAGAUACAACUCUUCCUACUGUUUUUGAAAAUGAAGACCCACCACCGCCUCCAGCUAUUGAAAAUGCAGCCCAAGAGAAUCAAACUGUUGAAGGCCAAUCUACAGAAAGUCUUUCAAAUGGAAAUCAGUCUCAAGUUAUUGCAGAUUCCGUCCAAGCAUUUGAUAUGAUUUCUAAAGCAAUGGAAAAGGGAAAUUUUACCAUUUUGCCCAUAUUUGAUUCAACUACAAAUCAGAUUGUCCCACCGCUAGGCUUCGAUAAGCUAGCACCUCCGGCUUUCUUUCUACCUGAGAAAAUCCGUAACCAACCAGCAAGGGAUAAAGAUCGCGAAAUGGUGAAUUGUACAAUUUGCGAUAAAACAAUGAAAAGAGGUAGUCUUCGAGAGCACAUGGAUCGACAUAAGAACACCGGCAAGUUUUUUUGUGACCUUUGUGGCAAGAAUUUCAGUCGUGCAAGUGCCCGGGAAAAGCACAUUCGAACCCAUACUGGGGAGCGACCAUUCAGAUGUCACAUUUGUCCCAAGGCCUAUCGUCAGAAAGUCCACCUGAAUGAGCAUCUACGUUCCCACUCUGGCGAAAGGCCGUUUGUCUGUCGACUCUGUGGUUUCUCUCUGGCCUCAAAAUCCCUUCUAAAUCGUCACUUGCGUACUCAUGGGGUUCAAAAUGGUGCCAAUGAUGCUCCAGGAACCUGGUUACGUACUGACGCCCCGAAAUCUCAGGUCUUAGCUGCUGCUGAAGCAGUAGGACGUUCGAUCGAUACCGUUGCUGUAGAUAAUCCAGAAACUAUCCAUAUAACUGCCUUGAAUGCAGUGGCAACAGCUGCUGCGAUUGGUCGAAAGCAUCUUUGCCCUGAAUGCCCUGCUGGAUUUCCAACCAUGCAGGCUCUCAGAUCUCAUCGUACUACUACCCAUGGCAUGGUUCCAGAGCAUACUUGUGAUAGUUGUGGCGAGAUUUUCACCUCUAGGAAGACUUUGAAAGCGCACAUGCGAAGUUCCCAUCCCCAGAUAUGUCCUCUUUGUAACGAAGUAAUGCCUCAGCGGCGUAGAUGGGUUCUUGAGGUGCAUAUCCGCGAAAGUCAUCCAGGAGUUUCAGCUGAGGCAGUACUUGGGCCGUCUCCUUUAUCGAUUGGUGCUGCAGCAGCGUUCCAGAAACGUGCUCUAUGCAGAAAGCAGAAGGAAGCAGAGAGGUUACUUAAGCUUGCGCCUCUAACUCCCCUUUUCAUGGACACUGUAACACCAGCACUUGAUAAGUCUGAAUCUGAGCAACCACAAACCGAAAAUGAAUCGGAACAGGCUUCUCAAGGUCCAUAUAAUACCUCAGCGUGUGAUGAAGAAAUGGAAGAAGAUGAAUCAAGCCAAAGUUCCCUCAUUGAGACGUUAAAGAAAUUGGAGAAGAGGAGCCAAGAAGGAAAUCAUCCAACCAAUCACUGUUAA